AACCUUUCAAAGUUCCCCGUCGUCUCGUAAAGUGAAAGUCAAAACCCUAAAAAUGUCUUCAACUCCUGUGCAUAAAUUCACGGUGGAAAUGACGUGUGAGGGAUGUUCGGGGGCUGUUAAGAGAGUUCUUGGCAAAUUGGAUCAAAUAGAAGACGUGGUCAUUGACCUAGAGAAUAAAACUGUUCUAGUCACAUCGAAUUUGCCGUCAGAUCAGCUCCUGGAAACAAUUAAGAAGACCGGAAAGACAACCACCUACAUUGGAUUGAGUGGUUAAAGAGAAAAUUCUUCACUUUUCUGUCCAGAUUUAUUUUUUUACACGUGAAAAACUCAAUGCCCAGAGGGAAUAAAGAUAAUGCCAAAAGUUUAUUUUAACCCCAAAA